UGCGCGUCGCCCAGUCGCUCGUGAAAGCUCCAUCGAGCAAAACGUUGGUCCUGUGAAAUAUAUCUGAACAUUAUCCAUAUCUUGAUCUGAAACAUUCUAAAGGACAGUGAUAAAGGACACGUGUUGUGACAAUUCUCUUUCGGGUGUCAUUGUUUACCUGCUGAUUGUAGCUGCUGUAUCCGUUUGGUUUUCUAAAACACAGAAAAUAAGGCAAUCAGUCAAAAUCAUGAGAGACGAACGCGCGAGCCUACCGCGAGUGCGCAUUGCCGUCAUCGGCAGUUCAAGAGUUGGCAAGUCCGCGCUGAUUGUGCGUUACCUAACUAGGAGAUACAUCGGAGAAUAUCACUCCAAUACAGAUCUUUUGUAUAGACAAACGGUACCCAUAAAUGGAACACCGGUGGAAUUAGAAGUAAUUGACGUCUCUGGCUCCAACUCCGACAAAUUUCCAGCUGAACAGAUUCAAUGGGCAGAUGCUUGCUUGCUAGUAUACGCAGUAACAGACCGCAAUAGUUUUGAAUAUGCAACACAAGUACUAGAGGCGCUGAAGAGGACUCCCACCAACGGUAGUCCAGCACACACGCCGGCCAGCACGCCUGCUAACAUGCCCCUCGCCCUCUUAGGAAACAAGACGGACCUGGAUCACUUACGACAAGUGUCUACAAAGGAGGGCCAAACCGUAAGCGCAGCGCAUGGCGCCUUAUUCAGCGAGGCGAGCGUGGCUGACAACUCUGGCGAUCUCUACCGCUGCGUUGAUCGCCUCCUCGCAGAAGUGCGGACACCGCAGCGCACGCGUAAAUUCUCCGUCACAAAAAUGCUCGGCUCACUUAUAGGUGGAGCCGCCAACAACAACCUAGGCAACCGCAGCGGGUCGGUGGUGGCGUGCCCGCGCGUGCCGACGCCGACGCGGCCCCCGCUGGCGGCGGCGGCGCCCUGACCGCCCGCGGCGCCCGCACACCGAGCGCGCUGAUGCCUCGCCGGCGCCGGCGCCAUGUGGCUCGCCUGCCUGCCCGUGCCCGCUCGGUUCGCCGCGCCCACGCCGCUCUCCGCUGCCAUAUGAACUCACGCCUAUAUGCAGUCGCUCACUAUCGUGCUCGCCUUCCCUUCGCGUCGAAUCUAUUCCACAUAUUAUAAUUUGACGCUUGUGACAUAACGUCGAGUACAUUAUGACUUUUGUGUAUCACAAUGGCGGUCCUCUCUCACCAAAGGUUUAAGUGUAGAUAGUUUAAGUUAGCUGUAAGAACGCAAUGCAUUAUUUCGGUUUGAUGUCGCCCGAACGAGUCUAGUAUAGUACAAUUUUUAAUUAAUGUAUUGUGUCAAAUAUUAAGAACUGCAUCAAUUGUUUUGUAUAUUAAAAUCGUUCAAUUAUAAAAUGUUUAAUGUUUGAGUAAAUAUUGACAAUAAUUGCUGUAUGUAUGUGUCAGUUGUCAUGAAAGUAUACUAUGUCAUUACUCAAUCUAAUAUUAAGUGCCAAAAGUUCAAUGUUUACAAAAAUAUUAUGUACCUACGGUUCGUUAUAUUAAUAAAAAAAAUAUUUAUAAAAAGAAUCAAAUAUAUUAAAAUAUUGUAAACCAAUUACCUCUAGGUACAUUUCAAUAUUGGAGUGCAUUUCUGAAAAGUGACACAUGUACAUAAUGCAGAAUUAACUUUAAUUAUAAAAAUGAGUUAUUUUUUAUAAUUGCGCUAUGGUACUGAAAUAUGGAUAUCACCUAUGUAACAUGGCCUACUUGUGUACUUUUUAUCAGUUUUCUACUACAUUAUACACUUUUUAUAAAAUGUAGCCGAUGUAACAUAAGUGUUGCUUGAUUCAUUACAUUUACUAAUUAAUUGUAUAAACGAUGCCCUUGAAAAAGAUCAGAGGUUUGGUAAUUAUUACAAUACAACAAAAUAAAAUUAACAAUACAUUUAAUAACUAGUCAAUCCAGUAAAAUAUACAAAUGGGGAAAAAUAUGGAUAAGAAAGCAGGAAUACAAUAAAAUAAAAACCUUAUUAAGAUUAAUCUGACAACCUCUAAUCUUGUAUCAUAAUUAAUACGAUUUAAACAAUUGCAGGCCUAAUGCAUUUCGAAUCUAAUAUAAUUAGAAUUUUUAAAGGAUUUUUAUGAAAUUUACAACUUCUAACUUGUCUAAUGUUUAGAAAUCUCUUUGCUACAUUAUUUAUACAAAACAACAGCUGUCGUACAGUACGUUAUAAUGUUAUUAUGUUACCUACAUUUCUAUACUAUUUAUAAAAUAUUAGUCAUCUUCUAGUCAUAGAAUAAGGGCUGUGAAAACUAAACAUGUGGAUGUAUAGAAAAUUGUACAUAAUAAUGAAAAACAAAGUAGUGGUACUGAAGUAAGGAAAGAAGAAGAGGAAAUGAAACUGUAAUUGUCACAUAAAUAAUUUAUAUCUGAUAUUCGCGACGAAUCUUAAACUCUUUACCUAAACUAUUAUCCAAAUUAUUACAAAAUUUGCACUUUUUUUUUAAUUGUAUGGAACCUAUAUUAGGAAUAGCAGUUCAUUAAUAUGUAAAAUUUAUGAUAUUGUAGAAAAAUAAACACUUUGUUAACAUCAAGACACAUUCAAAAGAAAUAGUAAAAUUGUCUGUAAUUUUAAUAAAUUAAAAUACAGAACUAAUAGGAAAUACAUUUUCUUAAAAUGUCUUAUAAACGAAAAAUGAGACACAUAUAGAUUUUUUCCAACUAUUAAGUACAUUGAAUUAUCACACGGACGGUUUACGUUUUUACAAACUGCACAGACUAAGUUAUUUCCACGGAUAAAGAAAGUAGUAUUUCCCACUGUGCUUAUUGAGAACCUGCUACGAACUUCUGUAUUUUAGUCAAAUUUCCUCGAAUAGACACCUAUUCGUUAAUACCGUUAUAUUUUGAUAGACAAAACAUUAAGCAGGGGACUGUUUAUCGUCUGUGCAGUCUACGCUACUCUUUUUAAUUUUAUAUAGGGUACAUGAAAAUAUUCUUAAGACAUGCGCAGACUACGGGCAUUUAGUAUGUGUAGAAAAAAAUCUUACGUGUAACUUGGACAGAUACGUGUGCAUACAAUUCAAUGUGUUCUAUUAUAAAAAAUUAAAUUGCGCUAAAUUACUGUCCGUCGUCUGCGCAAGCCUUUAUACUCCGGUUAUAGUGCUGAGCAUUUAUGAAUCGGUGGUAAGGUACGUUGUAUAUGUCGAUAGAUAGUUGUUAAGAAGACUAAAAUGAAGUCGGAACUGAUUGGAAUAAGUUGUAAAUAAUUUUGAAUUGACUAGCUUUAAUAUUAUUAAACGUUUCAUAAUAUAAUAAAA